AUGGAAGUGCCACAUUUCUCAUCACCUCACAAUUCCCCGUCCAAGCAGAACGUGAAGCACGGCAUGACUACAACUACUUUACCACAUACCAAGUCUGAUUCAGCUUUAGAUCAUUUUAUGGAUGAAAAAGGUAGCAAACCGUCAUCAAUCCCAUCCCUUGGUUCUUUAUCGAAUCACACGCAAAGAAUUCGCAUCUCUUCACAGCAUUCAUUGGAAUGUGUAGAGAAGACAUCCCCCUGCUCGUUAUUUCCAAGCACCGAUGAUGCAUCUAAUGCAGGGUUUCACGAUGCAAACGGUCGAGCUCGCAAUCCGUUACGUGGUGACACAAAUCUCCAGAUUUUUCAAUCGACAGACACGUUAGCGUUGAAAGCUAUUCUAUCACCACAAAAGACGUCGUGUGGAAGAAGGAUCAAAGAUGAUUAUGAUACGGUCAAGCUGAAUAGUUCAUCCAAUUUGCUUGAUAAACUAUUACUUCGUAAUGGCAUGCAGACCUCGACGUUGUCAAUACCUCCAAGGAAAUCCAUGGGAAGUGUCGUAGAAGAAGAUGUUGAAGCUAUGAAUGUCGUCGUCAUGAAUUCAGAUCUCCCACCACCACCUUUUGCCAAUAUGUACGCGUGUGAAUCUUGCCGUGAUGAUAUUGGAUCAUUGCUGUCAAAAGGACGACACCAUUGUCGAAAUUGUGGUGGUUCCUUUUGUGCUGACUGUACGACAAAGUCGAUAAUUGUGCCUUAUCAAGCGUAUCUAAAACGAGGAGAGUUACGUGUAUGUGACGGCUGCUUUCAUCGGAUUCAAAACUUUCACAAGCAGGUGAAAAGCACAAGUGUCACGUGGAAUGGACUCCAACCACCGUCUAGUGAGCAGAUUGUGCGUGAUUUUGACUUAUCGGCGGAUGAAACACCUGUCGCAAUUUUUAAUUGCGCGUUGUUUGUAGAGAUGACUCCGUUCUACGGUCAUCUAGUGUUUACACGGAAACGUCUGUGUUUUCAGAGCUACAUUGAUUCGAAGAAGCGCAAAGUGGCGUACUCUCAGGUCUUGUCGCUCUUAAAGCCGCAGUUCUACUAUAUUAAUGGUUUGCAGGUGAAGACAAAGCGGAAAGAAACUUUCUUCUUGGUUGAGUUCAAUGGGCUGCGCGAUAUGUGUUUCCUGCGGCUAGAUCAGCUAAUCCGGGCUUAUCAAGAGGCGAGUAAGCUGAAAGCUUCAGCGCCUGGAAAGUCCCCGAGCUCCAAAGAGCUCCGGAGACAAGCACUUGAACGUCGGCGCUCGUACAAACUGAUCUCAGAGCACGUGUCUUUGCAGGGAUGUGCUGGAAGUUUGAGCAAUUCGCCUUUGUCAUCUUCAUCUUCCAUUUCUACCGUGGGGUUUAUUGAUGUCGAAGAUGAGGACUCUGACGCAGAUGUGCCUCUUAGUAUCAUUAUGGAGGAUGAUGGCCACACCGAUGACGGUAAAUCGACAGCCAGUGACGAAGAACCAUUUGAGCCAUUACCACCUGACCCGCUGCUCGAGAAGAUGACAGUUUUGCUGGAUUGUGAUUUGCGGGCUGAUGUGAAGCGAGUUUUUGAUUUGUUGUGGAACGAUGGACCUGGUCAGGAAUUCUCACAGGCGAAUAUGGAGAAGGCACGCGACAUUGACAUUGAUAUUGAGUCGUGGAAAGCCAUUGACAAAAAUGAUGCUGUGAAAGCUGAAGAGAUCCACAAGGGUUUUGAGAUCUCCAAGGAGGAUGACUACACACUUUAUCGUAUCGUGCGUUCACAACAUCCACCGAAGACCUCAUUUCCCGGUCUACCACAGUACGCUGGGUGCACGAGGACACAGCGAUUUCGUCUCGACAAAAGUUCUAAUGGCGAGGAUAAAUGGGAUCGCUUUGUAAUUACUGAAUUGAACCGCAUGAGCAAGAUUCCGUUCAGCGAUUACUUCGAAGUGGAGAUGCGUUACGUGUUUUCUCGUGACGGUAACAAUUACUGCCACGUCCAAGUAGGAUUGGUGGUCAAUUUUCUCAAGGCAACGUGGUUCAAGUCUCAAAUCAACUCGUCUACGCUAUCAGAGUCGAAAGAGGCGCUAGAGUCAUGGACAAAACAGGCAAUCGAGUUUCUCGAGUCUCAACAGAAUCGUAUCGUUCCACUCUCACCAACUCUGAGGUCGUUAUCUGCUUCUGACAGCUUCAGUGAGCCCGAAUCAAAGCCAGGUAGUGCAAACUGCCCCGUACGGAAGCGUGAGGUAUCGAAUGCGCUUCCUGAUGCAGCAGCGACUGCCUCAACAACACCCUGUACUGCUGAAACAAGAACCCUUUGGCAUAUCUGGUCGUCACCGUCACUCAUACAAUUACUCCUGCUGGGUGUGCUAUUUUAUACACUCUUGCUACUUCGACGGUAUGAGACGCAGAUGCAGCAGCUCACGGACGUGACGACACAAUUGCUUGAAAAACUUCACGCGCAGCAGAGCAUACUGAAGACACAGAAUGUGAGAAUCCAACAAACCUGUGACGGUCUUUCUGCUGAAGUUGCCAAGCAAUUUGUACAUCCUUUGACAAACGAAGCAGCAGAAUCCACUUAG